AUGUCUGCUAAGCAGCCCACCGUGUGCACCACGCCCGUCAAUGGCUCGACGCCCUCGGGCUCUGACAUUGAGAGCCUGAGGUCCAAGGGUGCCAGUGAGGACAUGGCGCGGGUACCCAGCGGCGCCACAGCGCCUCCCCCUAUGGCUCCGGCAUUGGCAAGCCAGCAGAGCCAACGGAUGGAGUCAGUUCUUGGUGAUGCAAUCCUGCGCUUCCUUCGGAUCCGCAAAGACAAGAAGCCGGAGUACGACCUUGAUGCGAUCGCUACCCAACCGAGCAUUUGGGACUCUGAGAAUAUUGAAGAAUACAAGAGUCUGUAUAUCCAUCCCAAGUGGGAGAAUUGGAAAGCCUUUGAUCCCAGCUUUCGAUGGACAUGUCGUGAGGAGAGGGCCGUGCGCCGCAAGGUCGACUUGAAGAUCAUGGUCUGGGUUUGCGUGAUGUUUGCAGCGCUCAACAUUGACCGCAAUAACAUCUCCAAUGCGGUCUCAGACAACAUGCUCGAUGAUCUGGGUCUCUCACAUAGUGAUUACAACACGGGCCAAACUAUUUCCCGGGUGGGCUUUCUCGUUGCGGAGCUUCCAUCACAGAUCAUCUCGAAGCGAAUUGGCCCCGAUAUCUGGAUACCUAUCCAGAUCUGCAUCUUCAGCAUAAUCUCGGGCCUGCAAUUCUUUCUCAAUGGACGGGCAUCGUUCCUUGCCACUCGUUACCUCAUUGCAACAUUUCAGGGCGGGUUCAUCCCUGACACUAUUCUCUACCUCAGUUAUUUCUACACUAGCAGCGCACUUCCCGUCCGGCUGGCCUGGUACUGGAUGUCUUCUCAAUUAGUCGAUAUUGGCGUCGGAUUCGCAUCUGUUGGUCUUUUGGCCAUGCGCGGUAUUCUGGGCUACGCCGGCUGGCGAUGGUUGUUCCUGAUCCAGGGGGCUUUUACUUUUUCUGUCGGCGUUGCCUCGUUUUUCCUCAUGCCCCAGUGCCCAGCGAAGACGAAGAGCAAAUGGAAUCCAAAGGGCUAUUUCACUGAGAAGGAGGAGAAGAUAAUUGUCAACUCAGUGAUUCGCGACGACCCCCAGAAGGGAGGCAUGUUCAACCGCCAGGGCCUCUCCGUUCGCCAAAUUUGGGAGUGUAUCAAAGACUACGAUAUGUGGCCUUUAUACGCUCUGGGGCUACUAUUUGGUAUUCCUAAGUACCCCGUCAAUCAAUACCUGACCCUCUCGUUGCGCGAACUGGGCUUCAACGUCAUUCAGACCAACCUGCUCUCAAUUCCCUAUAUCAUCGGAUCGAGUAUUACAAUGCUCUUGAUCACUGCACUCAGUGAACUGAUCAACAAUCGAAGCUUCGUAUCGAUGGCAGAAGACGCCUGGUUGCUGCCCUGCUUUGUGGCCUUGAUCGCGCUCCCGGACCCGAUAGGCCCAUGGGUAUACUUUGCCAUCGCCACGGUCUUAUUGUCUUUUCCCUACACCCACCCCAUCCAAGUUGCCUGGACAAGCAGGAAUGCGGGCUCUGUGCAGAACAGAACAGUCUCAGCUUCUCUGUACAACAUGUGGGUGCAAGUCAGUGGAAUGAUUGGCGCAAAUAUCUAUCAAUCAAGCGACUCGCCUCGAUACUUCAAGGCGAACAAGGGACUGCUUGUCAUUUGCAUCUGGAUGUGUUUGGUCCAGUACCCAGGCACCUACCUGUACUAUCGAUGGCGCAAUAUCCAGAAAGCUAAGAAAUGGGAUUCCAUGAGCCCCGAAGAGCAGCAUCAUUACCGACAGGCUACGACCGACGAGGGCAACAAGCGCCUCGAUUUCCGCUUUGCUACUUGA